AUGUCCCCAGAUAUUCGUGUUUUUCGGCCUCCAAAUUACUCAGGAACCUUGGCACUUGCUCUGUUGUUUUCACUUAUUGGUCGCCUGCUGUAUUUGAAAUGAAACAACUUGGAGUUUCUGUACAACAAAACAUCUUGGGGCAUUUUUGCUUUGGCUAUAACAUUUGCCAUGACUUCAGGUCAGAUGUGGAACCACAUCCAUGGCCCACCACUGAUGCACAGAAACCCGAACUCUGGACAGAUGCACUACAUUCAUGGCAGCAGUCAAGGUGAGUUCAUCAUGAAGACCUACAUCAUCAUGUAGCUCUGUGUAGCUGUUGUUGUCGGCUUUAUACUGCUAAAUGAGGCAAGUUCUCUCAAGGGUGACCCAGGAAAAAGGAGUGAUUAUGGCACUGGUGGGAUUAGGAUGUGUGGCAGUUUUCUUCAGCUUCCUGCUGUCUUCUUCAGGUCCAAAUACCAGGGAUAUCCUUACAGCUUCCUGUUCAAAUGAGGAGAAAGUGACCUUGAAAUCUACUUUUUAUAUGUGCAUUUCCCAAGAAAUUUAGUGAAAUUGCCCUUCACAGAUGUCAAAAGAAAUUUUCUGCCAUAUUUUUCCACUUAAGUGCCCAAUCAAGUUUUUACUUUAAAAAAAUUCUUUUCGAUUUUAAAUUGAAUACACUGGUUGGUAUUACCAUUAUUUAUAGGCAGAGAAUUUAGUUGAGAUAAAAUAUUUUCUCCAUAUUGAAAUACUUGAUAUUUUAUAGUUGAAACUGUAGCUCAGGGCCUGUUUAUUGCUGUUGCUAGGUGGAGUAUUCUGCUUGCAGAUGGCAGAGGUGUGUUGGUGGGUGGGCUUAUGUGUGUCAGGUAAACAGAUUAAUCUAUAGUGUUCAUUGUUGACAGCAAUUACACUGCAGUUGUUUGUGUGAGUAAUGAGUUAUGGUUCUCCGAUGCCAAGUCCUUUUUAUCAGUUGAAAAUAAACAAACUUUUAAAGAG